GGCUCCUGCCCCGGGAGGGAGGCCGGGCCAGCAGAGCCGCCUCCUUCCCGCUCCCUGCCCCGGCUGAGGGCCAGGGCCGUGCCGUGCCAUGGCCGCUCCCUGCUACCUGGGCUGGGAUUUCAGCACGCAGCAGUUGAAAGUCAUUGCUAUUGAUGAACAGCUGAGGGUCAUUUAUGAGGAUAAUGUUCAUUUUGAUAAGGACCUUCCGGAAUUUAAGACUCAAGGUGGAGUCUACAUUCACAGUGACAGACUGACAGUCACUUCACCAGUGCUUAUGUGGGUCAAGGCUCUGGAUGUGAUCUUGGAAAAGAUGAAGUCUUCAGGCUUUGACUUCUCUCAAGUCAGAGCAAUGUCUGGUGCUGGCCAGCAACAUGGGAGUGUGUACUGGAAAAAAGGAAGCAUCCAGAUUUUAAAGAAUGCAUCACCUGAACUGCCUUUGCACCAAUCACUGAAGGGCUGCUUUUCAGUCAGUGACAGCCCCAUCUGGAUGGAUUCCAGCACAGCCUCCCAGUGCAGAGCCCUGGAGAGAGCCCUGGGGGGAGCCCAGCACCUGGCCAGGGUCACUGGCUCCAGGGCCUAUGAGCGUUUUACAGGAAACCAGAUAGCAAAGAUUUACAGCCAGAAUCCUGAGGUCUACAAGCAAACUGAGAGAAUUUCUUUGGUCAGUAGCUUUGCAGCUUCCCUUUUCCUAGGAGCUUAUGCACCCAUUGAUUACAGUGAUGGUUCUGGUAUGAACUUGCUGCAGAUUUGGGAAAAGGCAUGGUCAAAGCCCUGCCUUGAUGCUUGUGCCCCUGGAUUAGAGGAGAGACUGGGAUGCCCUGUCCCAUCCCACUCAGUCCUGGGGCCCAUUUCUCCAUAUUAUAGUCAACGUUAUGGGUUUAGCCCAGACUGUAAAAUAGUAGCAUUUACAGGAGACAAUCCAGCAUCACUGGCAGGGAUGAGACUUCAAGAAGGAGACAUUGCAAUUAGCCUUGGCACAAGUGACACAUUGUUCCUGUGGAUCCAAGAGCCAACUCCUGCCUUAGAAGGUCAUAUUCUCUGCAAUCCUGUUGAUUCUCAAACAUAUAUGGCCCUUUUAUGUUUUAAGAAUGGCUCUCUGAUGAGAGAGAGGAUCAGGGAUGAGUGUGCUUCAGGCUCCUGGGAUGAAUUCUCCAAAGCCUUAUCAUCAACUGAUGCUGGAAACAGUGGAAACUUGGGUUUCUACUUUGAUGUGAUGGAAAUUACUCCUGAAGCAGUUGGUGUUCAUAGAUUCGACAGAAACAACCAAAAGGUUCCAAGGUUUCCAAAGGAAGUAGAAAUACGAGCGCUGAUUGAAGGGCAGUUCAUGGCCAAGAGGAUUCAUGCUGAGAAGCUGGGAUAUAAAGUCUUGCCUAAAACAAGGAUUUUGGCUACUGGUGGCGCAUCCCACAAUAAAAAGAUCUUACAGGUCCUGUCUGACGUGUUCAACGCACCCGUGUUCACCAUUGACACGGCCAACUCUGCUUGUCUGGGGAGUGCUUACAGAGCAAUCCAUGGACUUGUAGCUGAGAGGAAUGUGCCCUUGGCUGAUGUUGUGAAAUUAGCACCAGAGCCCAGGUUGGCUGUUACACCCACCCCAGGGGCUGAGGCGCUCUAUCGUCCACUUCUGAAAAGAUAUGCUGAGCUUGAACAGAAGGUUAUCUACAACCCAGCCUCUUCUUGUCUUGUGAAAUAGAAGCAAAUAAAAUUUAUAUGUUGUCUGAGCAGGCUCCCAAGGAGAAGAUCAGAAGAGAUUUGCUCAGAAUUUACUGGAGCUGUUUAAAUCAUUUCGUUCCUCUAUGUAGACAAAUAAUUUUUAAAUGUCUGUGUUUGAGUGUGUUGGUGGGGAAAAAAUUACAUUGUGAUUGAAAACCUGAUUAAAAAAGCGUCAUAUUGC